AUGGCCACCGGGCAGAAUAGCACCAUCCAGGGGCUGGGCCGCGUGUGGGGGCGCGGCAGAUGUCGGGGAGGAGCCGCUAAUGUCGCCGAAGCCGAGAGGAGGUUGCUUGGUCUGGGGGAGAAGGGGCGGCAGUGGGUGGAUGGAUCUAAAGGGAGGAGGAGAAGAGGAGGUGGCGGCGGUGAUGGAUCCGAUGGAAGGAGGAGACGAGGGAGAAGGGGCAGCAGUGGGUGGAUGGAUCUGAAGGGAGGAGGAGAUGACGAGGUGGAGGCGGUGAUGGAUCUGAUGGGAGGAGGAGACAGGGGAGAAGGGGCGGCUGCUGGGUUGAUCUGCCGCACGUGUCAAAUGCCUUGA